AUGACUAAUGGAUGUUGGGGUUCACGCGCUUCCCCGGCGCGCGCUCCCGCGCCGCUGUGGGAUCGAUCAGACAGCUGCAGGAGUCCACGGACGCCCACUGUCCACGGCGGACAGACAGACCGCGGUGUCGCUCAUCCCGGCGGACGCACGCGGACUCGGCCAGCGGCACUUUCUAUCGCCUGCGGCGUUCAGUGCAGCGCGGCCGCCAGAGGAGCCCAGCAGCAGAACCUUGAUUCUGUGGAGGGAUCAAUCCAGAACCUCCUUUCUGCAUUGUACCCCCCCUUUGAAGCCACCGCCCCUACUCUUCUCAGCCAGCUCUUCCAACUCAUUGACAGCCGCUAUCAGAGAGAUGCCCUGCGCUGUUAUCUGGACUUCCUGGUACCGGCCAAGCACAUUUUAGAGACCGUGCAGCAGGCUGCAUGUGCUCAAUACUCCAAUGUGCUCUUCCUCUGUGAGGGCUGGCCUCUUUGUUUACGUGACCAAGUUGUCGUCCACCUCGCUCCGAUUGACCCGUCCCUUCUUCAGCCCGGCGACUUCUACCUUCAGGUGACUCCGUUCUGUGACCAAUCAGCUCGCAUUGUGGUCUGCAGCCUGCUGAAGGAGGAGGGGCUUACUGUGGAGGUCGUGGAGGAGACCCCGGUUCCUGAGACAUCCUAUCCUUGCAUAUUCAGCUCCGGCUGGUUGGAUGAGGUCAACCAGGGCCGCCAGGGGACGCCUCUGAGGCAGUGCCUGGUCGCCACCGAGCGCGGCGUGGUGAGGCUGCCAUGGCAACGGGUGGCCGUGCCUGAUUUUGUGGAGCUGGCACGUUGUGCCGGGAGUAGCAUGGCCUCUGCUUCUCCUUCGCAUUCAACUUUAACUUCUCCGCUUCCUCCUCCUCCACCUCUUCCUGAUUUUUCCAAGACUUCCUCAUCCAAUAAUUUCUUCCCUCCAUCCGCUUCCAAUAAAUCUGGGCCAGGACAUAAUCUGGAGACUGUUCAGAAUCCAGUUUUACCGUCUUCCCCACGUCCAGCGGCCUUCUCUGUGGAGACCAGGAUAUGUCCUGCAAAGCAUGGCAUUGCUGUGUCACUUUGCCUGGUGGAUGCUAGAACUUCUUCUUCGUCACAGCUGGUGAAAGUUAAAGGGACUGAAACGGAGCACAAGCCAAUUGGCUGGGUGUCCCCGAAUACAUGGGACAGUCGCUUAAAUCAAAACCCAGCCGCAAAAACGGAGAGAUCCAACCUCACAGACGGUAAUGUAAUUGACUUUAAAGGAGGGAAUAAAGGCGUCAUAGUCUCUGCAAACACCUUUCAAAAUAAGCAGAACGACUCCAAAGCGCACAGUAUGAGCAGAAGUGAGCCAGCAGCUGUUGCAACAGGGGAAUAUAUUGAUAUACUGCAGGCCAAAAUGCUUUUUGAUAAAAAUUGGUCAAUAACAGAAGAGCAACAAAGCAUGCAAAUACAAGCCGAAGCACGCAGAAACCCAAAUUGGCUAAAUCAGCCAAUCACGCAACCAACAUUCAACACAAAGCCGGAAGUAAAUUCACAGACGAAAUCACUAGACACGUCUGGAGAAGUAGGACCUCCAUCUGUUCACGACCAUUCCCUUAAACCACACCCUUUUCCGGACUCCCUGGACCCUCCUCAGUGUGUCCGCACCGUGCGCUUUGCAGAGAAGCCCUGCACCCCGUGCAUGGCAAGACGACAGGGUGGGCAGGUCACCAGAGCUCAAGAGCUGAGAUGUCGAUACAGAGACUCAUACCAGGCUGCUCUGCAGAACCCUGUCACCUUCGGGGCUGAGAACAACAGAGGGAACACGUUAGCGGUAGUGGAGGAGGACACGGAUAACUCACAGUGUGGUGACACACGGGGACCACUGAGGGCAGAGGGUCCAUGGAGAGAUCUUCAAGACAAAGGACGUGAUCCUGGAAGGUGUAAUCAGUCUCCCUCACAACGAGGUGAUGAAAUGUGUAAAGAGUCAGGAGACAUAAAAGAGAUAAAUAUUACAACCUGCAGAGUACAAUCUGAAAAAUCUUUUGCCGACCUACACAAUGUGAACACAACAAAUCCUGCAUCAGAAGUAAGGACACUCAGUACCAAUGUUCUGCCAACUAUUAGUGGUGCCAGGCACCCGGGUGACUCCAAUAAACAGCAAAGAUCAAUGUUUAGUUCAUCUGAAACAUCUGGGACCCAUAUGCCUUUCACCCAUCCAGAAAAUCUCCAAAACAGAACCAGUUCAGCAGCCGUGGUCCCAAACCCGGAGUCUGCCGCAGCAGCAGAAAACAGACGAGACGCCCACUCAGACAGAAGAUGUUCGUCUCUCUCCACAGCGGUGGUGGACACCUCAGAAAAGUGCGAGCUGAUCAUUGUCGAAGGCCAAAAUGUCCGGAGAAAAGAAAACUCGGACUCCCGAGCAGAGAUUCCCCAGCUUCAUGUGGUCAAAUGUAAAAACAGCACAGCCUUCAGGCUGGUUUCACCCAAGAUCAACAGAAAGAAAAGCCUCAUUCCAGUUGCAGAGCAGCUUGGCAGCAAAAAUAUCAACGACCAGGAAACAGGGAGCCCAUCCCAGAAGAAUCCAUCAUCCUUGGCAGAGACACACAGGACGUCUCAGCAAGUGUCGGCUCGUCCCAGACCAGACCACCUCCCUCUGGGAUCACCGGACCCCAGAGCCCACCCUGUUUAUUUAGGGUUAUCCUCCCUUACAGGCUGCAGAGACAGGGCAGGCAGGGCAAUUAUUGAGCUGUAUGGACAGCAUCAGGGAUGGGAGUCAACAGUAACGAGCCACGAGCUCUUCACGAUGCUGCUCUACUUCUAUUCCAUCACCAGGAAAGAAAUCAGAGAAGCCGGGAUGACCCUGAUAUUUGAUGCGAGGAGGAAAAAUCCUCAACCACAGUUCUACAAGGCCUUGAUGGCCCUUCACGAGUGGUCCCCCCGUGCUGUGAAUAGCUUGGUUCUGCUGGUGGACAAAGAGAACCGUCGUCAGCCUGAAAAAUGUCCUGGAAUCCAGACUGAUUUGGUGACAUCGAUGAAAGGCUUACUCAAGCUGGUGGAGGUGAAUCAGCUGAGCGCCCGUUUGGAUGGCACCGCUUACGGCUACUGUGACUGGCAGGAGCUGCACCAGAGACUUUUCCCUUUUGUGAACAAUCUGCAUGAAGCGUCCAGCUUGUUGGUGAGAGCCAUCGGCAAGUUAGAGGAACUGCAGACGACCGAGAGCGUGCAGGCUGUGCAGCAAUGCAUGAUGGACCAGAGGACUCUGAUGAGGGACGUCUUGGAGGACGGCCGAUUGGUCGGCCUGCAGAGGGAAGGCGGGGCCAUCCUGGCGAGGCUGAGGAAGGAGAGUGACUUGAGAUACCCUCACUGUGAGGACCUCAGUGAUGCUGUGGACUCAGUAACCAGUCUGUACAACUACGUGGAGGAGCAGGCUCACAUCCUCGUCCAGAGGACCAAUGCAUCCCUGGAGCACCUGGAUUACCUGCUGCAGCUCAGGGAAAUGGAGGGACACUUCAUGCAGUUUCAGCAAUGGUUCAGCGUAGAGGGAGAGCGCCACCUGCUGGAAGCCAAAUCCGUUGAGGACUCUGGCGACAGAUUGGAGCAGAUCCUCAACAGCUUCACUGGUUUCCUAAUUGAAGCUAAUGACCGCAGGCAUCACGCCAUGUCCUUGGUGUCGGAGGCAGAGAAACUCCAGCAGAGUAGGCCCUCCUACCCAGAGACGGGGGCUUUCAGGGCUCUCAUCUGCACCUUUAAAUCAGAGCUGGAGGAUUUCUUGUGCAGGGCGGAGGCAUGUGGCCGAGAGCUGCAGGUUAUGGUCAACGUGUGUGAUUUCUGUGAGCAGGCUGUUGAGCUUGCCAACGAAUGUACCGAAUAUCUGAAUCUCACUGAAGCCAGAAAUCACACAGCACAAGCAGCUGACAGUGCCUCGUGGAUUCCUCAGACAAAUACUUCUCCGGUGCAGAACCAAAGCAAAGAACCCUGCCUGAACACCAAAUCUCAGGCUUCUCCUGACAGACCAGUCCUCCAGUCUUUCCAAGAACGGUUCCUCCACUUCAGCCCGGAGAAAUUCCAGGAGGUGAAGGUCCAGGCCAGCUCCCUGCGGGGCUCUAGAGGGAUGCGUGUCUGGAAUGGUGCCUGGCUGAGGUUUCACGAGGCUCAGCAGCUGCUCCAGGAGAGGAUGCAGGAGCUGGAGGAACUUUGCCACCAACAAGCAGAUCCCAGCAGCGAGGGCUGCCAGGGUCAUUUUGUGGACGUGGUGAGCACCAACGUUCAGACGGCAUCUCCCGGCGGACAGAGGCUGGUGGUACAGUCGGCCGCUGGGCCUCAGCAUCCUCAGAGGGAGGCCGUCUUGUCAGGUGCAGAGGGUUUGGGUCAAAUCAGCCAACCGGAGGGUAGCGGCGAAGCUGGAACAAGCCGAGAGUCAAAAACUUCUCAGCAGUCACCUCACAGGUCGACCAGGAAGAGACAAACGAGCAGAGCCAGAAGCGAGAGGGAUGCUGCCGCUUUGUCUCAGUCCCAUCCUGUCGGCUGCCAGUGGUUUCCAUGGAGACGGGGUCACGUAGAGAGGUCGGUGAGCCAGGACUCGCGCGCCACUCCAGCCGCUAACGCUGACUCGGCGGUCGGAGAGCAGGGGGCUCGGCCGCCGUCGUGCUGCUCGCACCGCGGUCAGCCGUCCUGCCGCAUCUUGCAGGAGGCUCAAAGGUUCCAGAUCUCCCGCCACGGGAGCUUCUGCUCUGACAACUCCUGCGUGAGCGAGCGGGGCGCUGCAGGAGGCAAUGAGGCCGAAUGCUGUAAACACUCCAGCCUACCCCCGGAGAGAUAUGGGAGAGCGUUUUGCUUGUCGGGGCCACAGGAGAGUGCCAGCAGUGCUCUGAGGCUGCAGCAUGUCAUGGAGGAGCUGGUGUUCACAGAGAGAGAGUAUGUGCGCUCGCUGGGCUACAUUCUGACUCACUACCUCCCCCUGAUGGACAGGUUGGACAUUCCUCAGGAUCUCAGAGGCAAGCGAGGAGUUAUCUUUGGCAACCUGGAGAAGGUUUACGACUUCCACAGCCACUAUUUCCUCCCAGAGCUGGAGGCCUGCGAGAGGCAGCCUGCGACGGUAGCCCGUUGCUUUCUCAGACACAGUGAGAGUUUUGGCCUUUACGCCUUGUACAGCAAAAACAAACCUCAGUCAGAUGCUCUGAUCCUUCAUCGUCGCCAUGACAUCUUCAAGAAGAAGCAGCAGGAGCUCGGUGACUUGAUGGACCUUUCUUCCUACCUGCUGAGACCCAUCCAGAGGAUCAGCAAGUACAGCCUCCUGCUGCAGGACAUGCUGGCCUUGGUCGGAUCGUGCGGAUCAAAACAUCAGGACCCCACUGCGCGCGGCGAGAGGGACAGAGAGAGCGCUGAUAUCCGGGCCGCCGCAGACCUAAUUCAGUUUCAGAUGCGUCACGGCAACGAUCUGCUCACCAUGGACGCCAUUCAGGAUUGCGACGUAAACCUGAAGGAGCAGGGGCAGCUGGUCCGCCAAGAUGAAUUCACCGUUUUCUUUCGGAAGAAGAAGUGUGUCCGCCGAGUCUUCCUCUUCGAACAUUUGAUUCUGUUCAGCAAGCCCAAGAGAACAGAUGUUGGAAACGAUGUUUACGUCUACAAGCAGUCAUUUAAGACAAAUGAUAUAGGAAUGACCCACAACUCGGGCAUGAGCGGUCUGUGCUUUGAGAUCUGGUUCCGCAGGAGGAGAAGUGAAGACACUUACACUCUGAGGGCCUCGAGCAUUGAGGUGAAGAAAGCCUGGACCAAUGACCUGGAGAGGAUCCUGUGGAACCAGGCUGCUCACAGUAGAGUCUGCGUUCCAGAGCUACGUUUGCAAGAGAGAGUGUUUAUGGGAACGGGACGCAGUCCUUUUAUGGAUAUUCAGCCCAGCGAUGCAGCAAUUUGUGACCGCGCUGUCAGCUGCGUCCCGCCUGGGAGAAUCCCUGUGGCGUGUUGUUCACACAGGGGCUUAGAUUAUCCCCGCCCGCACUCUAUUGGCUCCGGCAGCACCGCCUCCACCACCCUAAGCCAAUCAUCGUCCUCCUCUGGCCGAGGCUCGCUGCCCCCUACUGGUUAUCUCGGGAACCUGUCGCAUGGAGCGGACACCACCCCAGGAGUUGGGUCAUCCCCUGAGGCUGUGACUGAAAAUGAACUCAACAACCACCUUCUUCAGCAUCGUCCUCAUCCUCACUGUGAUCAGUGGACGUCUCACUGUCCUCUGGUGGACAGCACUGACUCGUCUGGAGAAAGUAUGAAUCCGUACAGCAGCCCAGACCUGUCUGCGCUCAGCGCUGAGGUAGUGGACGACUCUUCGUCCGUGUCCCAGAGGUCGGAGCAGAAAGCGACUGUUUGUUGGACCGCCGGCCUGAGGAAAAACAGCUCGCCUGCAGUUACCAGAAAGAAGCCUGGAGUCCCCCCCAAACCUCCACAUCUGGCUAAACCUCAGGGGAAGCUGGGAAGAUCAACAGAAGUUUAACUCUUGAUUCUAAGAAGACGCACAUACAACCCUGCUGAGCCUUUCUGCGAACUCCAUGAAGACAGAAGGAUUAGAAGAGUGGAAAAGUCUCUUUGUGCUUCAGGGCCAUUGUUUCCUAUCAAAAAGACAGUAUUUUCAAUUUAUUGAACCAGUUUUGGUUAACAAAAACUGUGGACAUUACUGUGGGAUCUUCUGACACGUAGAGUUUGUGCAGGUCUGUAUUUGCAGGGAUCAAACAAGUUCAAUAAACUAUUGGAAAUCACAAGGACCAGCAUCCUUAUCCAAGGUUA